AUGACCAAUACCGAGAGAACUUUUAUUGCUAUUAAGCCAGAUGGCGUUCAAAGAGGUUUAGUUACCAAGAUUCUAAAUCGUUUUGAGCAGAGAGGUUACAAAUUAGUUGCUAUUAAAAUGUUAAAUGCAUCUCAAGAAUUAUUAGAUCAACACUACGCGGAACAUGUUGGUAAGCCAUUCUAUCCAAAGAUGUCUGCUUUCAUGAGAUCUGGACCAAUUGUUGCCACCGUUUGGGAAGGUAAAGAUGCUGUUCAACAAGGUAGAAAAUUAUUGGGUGCUACUAAUCCAGCUGAUUCCUUACCAGGUACUAUAAGAGGUGAUUUUGGUAUUGAUCUAGGUAGAAACGUCUGUCAUGGCAGUGAUUCAGUUGAAAGUGCAAACAGAGAAAUUAAGUUAUGGUUUAAAGCUGAAGAAUUAGUUACCUACGAACAAUUCCAAGCUAAGUGGAUUUAUGAAUAA